CACCGUUCAGUAGAGAGUCUAUUCAGAUUUCUUAAAAUGAAUUGCUCGAUUGCAUCCCGAUUUUCAGCGACGUUGGGUGGGUGUGCGACUAGGACAACUUAUUUAAGGAUUACCUUGGUUCGAUCUUAUGCUGCGAAGAAAGGAAAAAAGGCCAAGUCAGCUGCUGUUUCAUUAGACCAUGAUUUAGCAGAUGGGUUAGUUGAUUUGGAAAAAUUAAAAUCAAACAUGACAAGUACAGUGACAAGACUUCAACUUGAGUUUAAAGACAAAAUAACUGUCAAAGUCAAACCUGAUGUACUUCACAAGGUAAAAGUGGAAUCGGCAAAUGGAAAAGAAAAGUUUUUGCUUGGUGAAGUUGCACAAAUCAAACUUAAUAACAGCAUGUUCGUGGUGGACUUAAGUAGCUUACCAGAGCUUGUGCCUCAAGCUGCUGAAGCAAUUAAAACAUGGAAUACAAAUUUUGAGCCCACCAUGUCUGGUCAUGUGAUAUCUAUACCCAUUCCAAAAGUUACUCAGGAAUACCGUGAAAACCUGGUCAAAUUGGCCAAGUCAACAAGUGAACAAUACAAACAAAGCAUUCGAAAAAUAAGACAGAAAGGAAUGACUGACAUUAGGAAAAACAAGAAAGGAAAAUCAGAAGAUGAUGCAAGGAUGGUGGAGAAAAUGAUUCAACAACUUACAGACCAGUUUUGUGGGGAAACAGACUUGCUUCUAGAAGAAAAAACUAAUGAACUUUUGAGAAAGUGACUGUGGAUAUAAAAUGUUUUUAUAUAAUAAGAAUCAAACAUAGCAUCAAUACGGUAUCUGACAUGUCACUCUUACCUAAAGUGUCAAUGCAUCACAUGACAUGUUAUGGAACUAAUUUGCAACAAUGGAGGCUGCUUUGUAGCAGAUACAGGCUGUGUUCACACAACAAGGGAAGGGGAGGGUUUUUUUUUGCACAAUAAUAUGCUUGGAUAUAUUUGUCUGAUUUUUAAAUCUCAAAAACACUGAUGAGUAACAGAGUCUUUUCCCUUGUGUUCUAAUAUCCCAUUCUCAGUUUUUGCUUCAAAUUUACUUAUUAUCUGAAUAAAGUUGAGCCAGUUUGGGUCCUGACUGGAUAAAUGAUGCUUUUUCAAA